AUGAAUGAAAUAUCUAUCAAUAAAAAUGAAAAUAAAUUGAUAAAUAAAAGCAAUCCAUCUGAGAAUGAUAAUUUUAUAAAUAAUAUUAUAAAUAUACCUGAAAUAAUAUGCAGAAAUGGGAAAAAAAAUGAAGAAAAAAAUUUCGAUUAUGUUAACUCUAUAAAUGAAGCUAAAAAGCAUCAAUUAGAUGAAAAAAACUUGGCAAAGAGCAAUAAAAUACAUUGUAAUAAUAAUAAAGAAUUUGAUAGAAUUAAAUUUGAUGAAAUGAAAAACAUGAAUAAUUAUGAUAUAAAAUGUAGUAAAUAUGUUAACAGUAAGAAUAUUAAAUUCUAUGAUAAAAAUUAUAAUUUCGAAGAUAUGACGAAAAACAAAAUUAUGAAUAGUGAUGAAAAUUCAACUUUGAUAGAUGAGCAAAAACACAUUAUAAGCAAUAAUGAUCUGAUAAAAGAACAAAAUGCUAAAAAUGAUUUCUUAAAAAAAGCAUUAUUAUUAGAUUAUGAAAAAGACCUUCCUUUUAAAAAUAAUCAAAGUAUAAUAAAUAAUUAUAAAGAGAGAACAAAAGUUGAUAAUGAUAAAAUUAUUUUAAUCAAUGAAAAUGAAAAAGAAAACAUUAAAAAUUCAACAGAAUCCAUUAAAAUAUGUAAUAAAAUCCCAGAGAAGGAAAUAGGAUAUCCAAAUGAUAAAGUUGUUGAAAAUUCUGAAGAACAUAAAAAAGAUAUUAAAAAUAAAAACGAUUCUAUUAAAAUAGAUAUUUUUUAUUCAAGUAAAAGCGAAAAAUCAUUAGAUGAAAGUGAAGAAAAUAGCUCAUAUGAUUCAUUUGAGGAUUUCUAUGAAAACAUAUGUCAGUCAGAUGUUCCUUUAGAUUUUUAUAAAAAAUUUUUAAACACAAAAAACUCUAAUUUUUUAGAAUCAGAAUAUUAUCUUGAUUCAAAAAAUGAUGCAACUGAAGAAAUAAAUAUUUUGAAUAAUUAUAUCAAAAAUAUAACAGAAAAUUUACAAAAAUCUGCACCUAUAGAUAUUGAUAAUAAAUUAAUUAAUAUCCUUUCUUUAUCAUUUUUAACUUUCAUUGAUCAUGUAAUAUAUGAUUCUCAUAUAUAUGCUUUAAAAAAUGAAUUUUUACAAGAGGUAGAAAUGAUAAAAACUAAAAGCAAAGAUGAAUUCAAUUACAAAGAAUAUCAAAAAAUAGAAGAUUUAUAUAAUUUUAUUCCAGACGAUAAUAAUAAAAUAAAAAAUAGAAUCAAUAAUUCAAAUGAAAAAAAUAGUAUUAUUAAUGAAAAAACAUUUAAUGAUAAAUUUGAAAAAUUAACUACAAAUUCAAGCAUAAUUAAUGAUAAUAAUAUAAAAGAAAAACAUAAGGAAAAUUCAAAUAUAAAAAAAUCAAAUGAUAAUGAAAGAAAAAAAAAAAAAAACAUCAGUAUGAUUUAUAAUCCUGAUAUAAUUAAUAUUUGUCUAACUAACUUAUAUAACCAAAAGUUAGUAGAUCAAAUUACAGAUAAAAAAAAAAAUAGCAGUCAAGAAGUUUUGACAGUUAAUAACAAUAUAACUAUAUCAAAAAAUGAUAACAUUAAUGCAAAGAAUGAAGAUAUACCAAUUGAUACUAAAAAAAUAGAAAAUCUUAGAAAUUACGAUAAUAAUUUGGGAAGCGAAAAAAAAGCAGAAAAAAAAAUUUUUGAAUCAGAAAAUCAUAUAAAAGAAAAAACUGAUGAAAUAAAAGAAAAUAUAAAUUUUAAUAAAAGUGAAGACUCUCUACAAACUAAUUUAAACGAUAAAUUAUAUCAGAGAAAAGUUAUAAUCAAACAAAUAAAUGAUAAAAUUAAAAAAAACAAUAGUAAUAUGAAUAAAUUUAUGAACUAUCAAAAAUAUUCAUUGGAAGAUAUAUUUGAUAUUUAA